GCGGUGCUCAACGCCAGGCAUUUUCGUGACUAGCCGUUGCUAAUAAAAUGAGAAAGAAAAGCUUUUGUUUCCUUCUCUGCUACUCGCUUUUCCUCUUCUCUUUCUCAUGGCAUAGCGGAGAAAUGUGUUGCGUUAAAGGAUUUGCACCAGGGCCAGCUCAGUGUAUUUCUAAGUUUAUGCCGUGCUAGUUCGUUUUCAAUCGAAGCGAAAAAUUAAUUUUGUAGUAGUGCGAAAUCUGUAGUGAAUGAAAAAAAAAAGAAAUAAAGCAACAAUAAAAAAAUAUUAUAUAAAUGCUAAUAAAAUAUUCAUAUUCAUAAAUAUAUAAAUUAAGCAAACAAAACAAAACCGUCCCUAUGUAAACGUAAUAUAACAAAUAUUAAAUAUAAAAAUAAAUAAUUAUUAAUAAAAAUAAAAUAAUCUCCAAGGAAAAAAAAAUCCAAAAAGAAAGCCACUGCCCCAUUACCACGGUCUGUAGGUAUUUGAAAAAUCGAUUUUCUUUACUCUCAACACCAUACACAACAACAUACAUACAUACCCACUACGACUGGAUGCCAUCGGAGGAGCCAUUAUUGUGAAUAGAACGAAAAUAAAAGCAAAACAAAGCCAAUAAAAUAAUAAGCCAACGCUGUUUGAAGUCUGGUGAGGCCAGCGAAGAGAAUAAAACACAAAAAAAAACUAAAGGAGAACCAAGAAAAAAACACCACAAACAAGAAUAGCCUCACUUCACUGAAACAACAGUUAUUGAAGCAGCAGCAGCAAAAACAACAACAACAUAGCAUUACACAUUCCUUUGGAUGGUAAUGAAAAACAGUGAAUGCUUUUAACCACGCACACAUACACGACGCCAUGUGUGUGUGACAAUAACAAGAACAACAAUAAGCAGAAGGAGAAGAAAAAAUAACAAAAAGCAUAAAGCUUCAGUGAUAUAAUUACAUUUUAUUGCACACAAUAUCUGGUUGGCGCUCUUUCUUAUACACACUCUCUCUCUCAGUGAAAUUAUAGAGGCAGUUUCACUAACGGCAUUCUCUUGUAUGGUUGUUUCCUUUUCCGUUUUAUAACAUUGAACACACUCUCUCUCUCUCUUGAUGGUUCUGUGAGUGCCUCUCUCUCUCUGUGUCUCAUUGAUUAGAGAGUGCCGUGUGAAUUCGUUGGCUCAACUCGAUUACAGAGUGUUGUGUCUGUCUGUAUGUGCGUGUGUGUGUUUGCUAUCGUUGCUGCCAUUGUUUUAGCCAGCCUGUGUGUGACAUUUCAGUGAUAGUAGUUUCCUUUUGGCCGCUGUCGUGCGAAUACGUGUCUUGUUGUAAAACAAUAUUUGACGUGUCUGGUCGGAAGUUCCUUUGCUUCUAUUUUAGCCAUACAAAAAACAGCAGCAACAACAACAGCAGAAAAAUAAUCUAGUCUAGUGUUGUAAUAAUACAUAAAUUGUAUUGCGAAACAAAUUGUGAGUUUUGUCAAUCAACUAAGCAGGCAGGCAAUCAGUCAAAAUCAUUCAUGUCUGAUUUGUGUCCAGAGUUCAUUUGUGUGUGUGUGCAAGUGAGUGAUUGAAGAAAAAUUGCUAAUCACAAAAUUAUUAAAAAAAAUCAAGUGCUUACCUCCCAAGGAGAAACAAAUGAAAGAAUAAGAAAAUUGCCAAGAUUUAAGCCGUGUUAUGUCUUCUUCUUUUUUUCUUUUCUGGCAAAUGGUCUUUGGUCAAUUAUUUACCAUGGUUUUUUGUGCAAAUGCCAGUCAUCAAUAGUUACGCCCCAAGCUGAGAGAUCCAGCCAUCCAGUCCGGUUAAAAAAAUAUUAAAACAAAAAAGGAACAGCCAACGUUGCCUCAAGUUACGAGCUUUUUGAUGCCAUGAAGAAGUUGGAUGCAUCUGCAAGAUAAUGCCAUCGACAUUUAUGAUGCCAAUGCCCAUGGUGAUGAUGAUGCAGAUGCUGAUGACGACGACGACGAUGAUGAUAAUGAAGUUUGUGAUGUUGAUGACGCCAACAGCUGUUAUUUAUAGCAAACGGAAAUAAUUGCAAGAGUAGUUAGUUUAGUAACAAAAAAAAACAAAAUAGCAACAAAAACAACAACACUAAAAUUUAGUAGGAAUAUUGCAAUUUUGAAAAAAAACAACAACAACACACAUACACAUAAAAUAAUAAAAAUCCAUACGAAACGGAGAAGAGAACAAACGAACGUACGACCGGCCAACCAAGCACUUCACCCCACCCCAAAAACAAGUAAUUCAGAUUCAUCGGGAAGGAUACAAGCUACUAACUACUGUACAUACAUUUAGUAGAGCAACAGCAACAACACAAACAACAACAACAACUAUAAAAAAUCAAUCAACCCAAAACCGAAAAAAAGGCAAACAAAAUCAAAUUUACUCACUCCGAUAACCCGGGGAACAGCAGCAGCUAAGCAAGCCAACCAUUGGAAGUCCUUCAAAGUCCUCCACCACUCACACGUACACACCCACUCACAGCGUGCCGCAUACACACAUCCAAUACAGCAACAUCGUCAAAUAUUAAACCGGAGAGAAACAUCGCUGAAUAAUGCAUCUCCAUUUCGAGCGCAACACAAAUACAAAAUGCGACUGCACAAUUUUAUCGCUCUCGUGGAUGGGGAAAGUUCCCGACGAUAUACCAGAGGAUGAUGGCUGGAAAUUGAAUCGCACCAAUUACUAUCAGGAAGGCUGGCUGGCCACGGGCAAUGUUCGUGGCAUUGUGGGUGUGACCUUUACCACCUCGCAUUGUCGCAAAAAUGUUGAAUAUCCUUUACGUACAAAUUACAAUUUAAGAGGACACAGAUCAGAUGUUAUUCUAGUCAAAUGGAAUGAACCAUAUCAAAAAUUGGCAUCCUGUGAUAGUUCGGGCAUUAUAUUUGUAUGGAUCAAGUACGAGGGUCGCUGGUCCAUUGAACUGAUAAAUGAUCGCAACACACCGGUGACACAUUUCUCGUGGUCCCACGAUGGUCGCAUGGCCUUGAUAUGUUAUCAGGAUGGUUUUGUGCUGGUGGGAUCGGUGGCGGGCCAACGCUACUGGUCAUCGAUGUUGAAUUUGGAAUCGACCAUUACCUGUGGCAUUUGGACGCCGGAUGAUCAGCAGGUCUAUUUUGGUACCACUCAAGGGCAGGUCAUUGUCAUGGAUGUCCACGGGGCCAUGGUGUCUCAGGUCCAGCUGUGCAAUGAUGUGGGCAUAACCUCCAUGUCAUGGUCAUGUGAAAAAUUCAAAAUGGAGGAGGGCGAGGAGUCGGAGCCGGGUGUUACCAAUGCGGCCAAACGUUCCUUUGUCCUGGCGGUUAGCUUUCAAAACGGUUUUAUUUAUCUGCUGAAAUCUUUCGAUGAUGUUUCACCCUCACAUAUCAAUACGGGUUUGGAUGGUGCCCUGGGCAUGGUCAUGGAAUGGAGCAAUUCACGAGAGCUGCUUGCCGUGGCGGGGACAUCGCAAAAGGCCACAUCUCUGGCGGAGAAUGCCAACAGCCCAGGGGUGGUGUAUAAUAAUCUGCUGAAAUUCUACACCGAAACGGGGGCGCUGCUCUAUCAGGCCCACAUACCCAAUUCCAAUGCCCCAGUAUCGGCUUUGACGUGGGGCCAUAACGACAAACGCCUGUUCAUUGCCACCGGCACCCAGGUCCAUAUUGCCUGGGUCUCGAGGCGUGUGGCCUCGCUACAGCUGCUAUGUCGCCUGCAGAUACAAGCCAGCAUAGGAUCGGAAACUCUAUUGCCAUUGUUGCCUUUGCCGUCAAGAAUUAAAACUCUGAUCGGUAAUCUUUUUGCUCAAACAAUUCGAUGUUGUGUACCUGAUUUAAAAUCUCUUAGAGAGUUCGUAUCGCGUCCUCCUUUAUGUUCGACGCGUUUACACUGUACCAUGAUAAGGCAUGAUGAUGAUUCGAACAUUAGUUCCGGGACAUGUUAUACCCUGUAUCUGGAAUAUUUGGGGGGAUUGGUGCCGCUGUUAAAAGGGAAGAGGACCUCUAAAAUACGUCCGGAAUUUGUAAUCUUUGAUCCGCAGGUGAAUGAAACUUCCCAUUUCUUUCAACACUCACCGGGCUCGAAAAGUUCUUCCUCGUCCAGCCAAUCGACCAGUACCACCGCCAACGGUCGCACCGAUUCUUCAGAUUCGGAAUAUGAUGAGCGAUUACGUGGCUCUCCUCAUACGCCACGUAAACGGCGCAUACGCCAGCAAAAACGCCAUGGAAAUGGUCAUGAUCGGAAUACCUUGACCACAACCAGCAAUGAUGGCAGUGAUGCCCUGGAUGAACUGGCCUAUGUAGAUACCCUGCCAGAGGUAUGGCCACUAUCUAAACAAUAUUUCCUUCUUAACCUCUACUUCUUCUCCUUUCCAUUCCAGGAAGUAAAACUGGUUGAGGUCACCUCCAACAUUUGGGGUACCAAAUUCAAAAUGCAUGGCCUGGCCAAAACCGUCCCAGCCAAUUUGGGUCAAGUCACCUACAAAACGUCCCUGCUGCACUUGCAACCGCGUCAAAUGACCCUCGUCAUUACAGAGUUGAGAGAUGAUUUUCCUCUUGGUCCAGAUCCCAGCUUUAAUCCGAAUCUCUUUUCGGAAGAUGAAGAUGAAAAUCAUGCUCAGUCAUCUGCUGCAGUGGCCGAAGUGGCGUUACCCAAUGAUUCCGGUGGUGGUGGUGGCGGCGGGGGAUUGGCUAACCGGAAACUCAACGAACUUGCACCGCCCAUUGCACCCAUGUCACCGCGACCCAAUCGCUUGUUGGCUCGUCAUCGCAACUCCUCCUCCUCCUCAACGUCGAAUGGUGGCAAUCAAAUAGCCGGGGCCUUGGGUCGCAGCCCUUUGGCUCGUGCCGAGUCUUACGAUGACGAUUCAACAAGUGAAUCUCCCGAGGCGGCCGCUCCCGGUCCCUCAACAUCGGCCGCCGCCUCAUCCUCCUCCUCGUCAUCUCACAAAGUUUUACGUCCAAAAAACAUCACCUCCACCUUUGGCCGGCCCAAUGGCAGUUCAUGCGGCCAGUCACGUCAUGCCAUAUCACCGCUCUUCAGCGAUGGAUCCGUCCCCACUUUACAAUCACCCAAAAAUGCCGUGGCACCCACUGAUAUUAUCUUUGAACGUCCAGCCGUAUCGGCAAAUGGCCAGACCACCCUAAUGUCCUAUUCCAGUAAUGCAGAUUACACCAACAAUGUCGUCCAGGUUAAGAAUGCUUUACUCACGGAAUCGUUACGCUCCACCAAUAGUCAUGUCAAUCCAGUGCCUCUAAAUUUAAGUUUGAAUUUGGAACGUAUGGAUGCGGCGGCCAAGGUGAAGGCCAUGGCGUCGCAGCCAUCCACGUCGAAGAAACGGGAAAUGCAAUUCAUUGAUGAUGAAAUGCAGGCAUCGUCGUCGGCAGCAGCAGCGGCGAUAGCUCAAAAUACAGUGAAUGCCGUUGUGGCCCCAGUUCCUCCGCCAUCUGAUGUCACCAAUCCCAUGAAACGCACCCCCACUGUGGUAUCCAUUGCCCCCGUGUCCACAGAUGUCAUAACGCGUAGCUGUAGCGUUGGCUAUCUGGAUUCUGUGGCCAUAACACCAUCCGAUGAGGCCUUGACGGCCUUGCGCCGAGAGGCUCCCCACAAAAGACUUAUUUUGGUAGACAAUAGGAAGUGUCGCAAAAAGCGCAUGCAUCAGGGGGACUCCAGCAAACCCCGCUUGGUUAUGACUGGCAAAUCGAAAAGUCUAGAUUCCUGUGAUUUACUUUCGACUCAGGCAAAGCUAAAUAGCAAACAAUUGGAGAAGUUACACGAAGAAACCCUAGCAGCAGUAGGUGCCUCCAGCAAAAAGAAAUCCACAUGUUCCUCUUGCACAGCGACCAGUGGUAGUGCGGUUGAAGACUGCAAACACUCUCUGCCAUCGGGAUCGAUAUCGAAGAGUGCAAUAAUCCCCAAAGAUGAAGAUGAUGAUGACGAUAUCAUUCGAGCUGAUCUCGAUAUACCCGCAUGUCGUGAACCGUCCAAAGAUCAAGAAAUCAAGUGUCACAAACCGGCCGCAGAAAAUAUGCCAAGGCGGCGGAUCGAUGUCAUCACCAGUUUCACAGAUAGUCCAUUGUUUACACGGAAACAUCGUUUUGGUAAUCGUAACAAUGGCGAUACUUCCUCGCCGACAUUAGGUAGGAAAAAUGAGAAUGGUUUCAGUUUAGUUAAACAAUUGACGGAGGGUCGUUGGCGGCGCAAAGAUGCCAAACAGGCCACGCCAGCGAAUUCACUGGAUGGCAAGCCACUUUCUGGGGCUGGCGAUGGCGCCCAACAGCAACGGUCGACGGAGAAUAGAAAUAGUGAUACCAUCGAAGCAACGCCUGUAGAAUCUAGAGCUUCUGUUUCAUUACAUACUCAGGCCCUUACCACACUAGAGAACAUCAUUAGUAGACUAAGAGAUUUAGAUGAACAUCUGACACCACCUGCUACCCCACAUCGUCUGCCGCGCAGCUCGCCAGCCUCCCCGGCAGCGAGUAAAAAAAACAAACGCUAUCAGAGUAGCUCACCGAUACGAACUAUUUUGAAUUCCCCGCUUUUGAAUAGACGCCAGCGUAAGAAACAAAACAUCAUCGAUAGCUCCGAUGAUGAAGCGAAUGGUGGCAAUGGUUCUGGGGAGGAAAACACCAAUGCCAAUGGCUGUAGUAAACAAUAUCGCGAUUUGGAAACAUUCCAAAAGGCUCAGCUGAGGCAAAAGCUAAAACGCGGGCGCAUUGAACCCAACGGCUCCUCCACGUGUAAUAAUCCGGCUCCAGUGCGUCGAGAAUUUGUCAUGCAUAAUAAGGCUCCGAUGUGGAAUGAAAUGAGUCAGGUGUAUCAAUUGGACUUUGGUGGACGUGUGACACAGGAAUCGGCAAAAAAUUUCCAGAUUGAAUUUCGAGGAAAACAGGUUAUGCAAUUUGGACGUAUCGAUGGCAAUGCCUACACCUUGGAUUUUCAAUAUCCAUUUUCGGCAUUGCAGGCAUUCGCUGUGGCCCUGGCCAAUGUAACACAACGCUUAAAAUAAAUUUUUUUAGGUGGAAGAUCUUCCACUCUUCCUCCGUAUUUUUGUUGACUUGGUUUAUGAACCAGAAAAAAAAGGAAAACUUAACAAAAAAAAAACAAAAACUAAAUUAGGUUGUAGAACACGGAACACUUUAUCAUUUCCGCGGGAAUAAAAUAAAAUUAGCAAAAAUAAAAAAAAAAAAAAAAAACAAAAAAAAAACUUUUGCCCUAGGUUAUACAAAUACAGAGAUAAAAAAAUUAAAAAAAAACAUAGGAAAUAAUUUCUAAAAAAAAAAGAAGACACUAGAAAAAAAUCAACUAAUUUGCAAAAAUAAUGAGAAAAAAAUACAAAUACUAGUAAAAAUUACAAUUAAAUGCAAACAUACAAAGCAACAAUAUUUUGUUGUGAAUUUUAAAAGCAACUCCACCCCCCACACAGUCACAAUUUUAUCCCUUAUCACCCUCUCAUACCACUGAAACAAAUAAAUAAUGUAUAAAAUUAAAUAACAAGGAACAGUCAUUAAAAAUAUACCAACAAAUAUUAAAACUAAUUGCUUAUUACACACACACACACACAAAUACAAACAUUUUUUUGAUGAAAUAUUAACUUACAAAUGAAAAUAUUUUCCAUAAUUCCAAUAUUUUUAAUCGUAAAUAUGAAUAACACGAAAAGAAUGGCAAAAGAAACUGAUGAAAUUUAUCGAUUAAAUGUGCAAUAAUAAAAAUAAUUAUACAUAUUGGAGUCACAUACAUACGAGUAUAUAUUAAAAUGUAUAUAUAUACCACUUGAUUGAAGGUGAAUUUUUAAGGGAAAAUUGAAAAAAAAAUAGUUUUUUAAAAAUUGCAUAGAUAGAACAUUUUGUUUUGUCAUGGUCCCCCUAAGCCCUUGUUUUCACUCUAUAGACGACAGAUGGCAACACGGAGAAUACCAACAGAGGGUAUGGAGAGAUUCUCAACAUCAGUCAUAAAAAGAGUUUAUCCUCUUUUCGUCUAUUUCUAAACUCUAAUAGAACGAUACCGGAUUGACUCAAAACAAGUCAAAUAGUUUCUUUAUGGGGGAGAUUCCGAAGCAGUUGGCAAAUAUUGACCAAAUCGUAUGUGACCAAAGACUGAUUUUAAGACAGAUUUGGAAUAUAUCGACUACUUCAUAUAUGGUUGAUUUAUAUGGUAUGGUUGGUUUAAAAAAAAUAUAAGACAAAUUUAAACAAGUAAAGUUCGUCCAGUUAGAACGAAUUUGAAAAUUUUCAAAAAAUAAAAUCCGUUAAAAAUUCUGUUAACAUUUUAAAAAUACCGAAUACAAAGACAUAGAAGUGUAAAGAUAGGACAAGACAAAAAUAAAAUAUGGCAACCCUGUGAAAAUGCCUCUGUUGUUACGAUAUCAUAACAACAUAGUUACCAAUGUUAACUGAUUCAAACCGAUAAGGCAAAACUGAAAAUUUUUGAAAAGGUCUAUGGAAUAGAAUUUUGAAACCAAAAUUUCAAAUUUUUCAAGUUUUUAUUUAUUAUUCGUUUUUGUAAUUGUGGUUUUUAUAUUAGCAUGUCUCUGCCAUAUGCUGUUACUCUAUGUAUUGUAGACACAAACCACUUGCUCAAAAUGUAUUUUGUCUAGUCUUUACCAUUUUAGGUCUUUGCCGAAUAUAGCCGUUAUUUCAGGGCCUGUACGACGUGCACCUACAUAGGCAUUGUUUGUCACAAGCCAUUACCAUUUUCAAAUUGGAAACUUAAAAUAAACGGUGAAUAAUGUAGCCAAAAUCAUCAAAAUACCGUACAUAGGGAGUUACCGUUAUAUAGGAGCUAUACGAAGACCUGGACCUGCAUAGACAAUUUUCUGUCACAGGCUGUAACUUCCAUUACGAACUUCAAAUACGACACCUCAAACAAUUUCGGUGAGUAUUGUACCUAAAAUCAAAAUACCGAAUAUAAGGAGGUACUGGUACAUGGGGCCUAUACGAAGACCUGGACCUGCAUAGGCAAUUUUCUGUCACAGACUAUAGUUCCGAUUACGAACUUCAAAUACCAAAUUCGAAACGAUUCCGGUGAAUAAUGUCGCUAAAAUCAUCAAAACACCGAAUAUCGGGAGGUACCGUUAUAUGGGGGCUAUACGAAGACGUAGACCUGCACAGAUAAUUUUCUGUCUUAGGCUGUAGUAUCCAUUACGAACUUCAAAUGCCAAAUUUGAAACAAUUCCGGUGAAUAAUGUCGUUAAAAUCAUCGAAAUACCGAAUAUCGGGAGGUACCGUUAUAUGGAGGCUAUAUGAUAACGUGGACCUACAUGGCUCAUUUUCUGUCUUACGAUGUAGUAUCCAUUACGAACUUCAAAUACCAAAAUUGAAACAAUUCCGGUGAACAAUGUCGCUAAAGUCAUCAAAAUACCGAAUAUCGGGAGGUACUUUUAUAUGGGGGCUAUACGAAGACGUGGGCCUACAUGGCUCAUUUUAUGUCUUAGGAUGUAGUAUCCAUUACGAACUUCAAAUACCAAAAUUGAAACAAUUCCGGUAAAUAAUGUCGCUAAAAUCAUCAAAAUUCCGAAUAUAGGGAGGUACACCUAUAUGGGGGCUAUACGAAGACGUGGACCUACAUGACCUAUUUUCAUUACCAAAAGUCCUCCAGACAUAAUAUACAUUUGAGUAAAAUUUUAUCAAUCUACUUCAUUUCGUUCGGAAGCUGGAGUGAUUUCCACAGACGUAUAGACGGAGAGGCGGGCGGACAUCUCAAAAUCGAAAUAGAAUUUUAUGCUGAUCAAGACUAUAUUUACUUUGUGGGGUUUUAAAUGUAUAUUUCGAGUUGUAACAAACGGAAUGACAAACUUAAUAUACCCUCCAUACUAUGGUGGAGGGUAUAAAAAAGAUCGAGCCUACAUAUAUCAAAAUACAUGCUAAUCAAUAUAAAAAAGGCUUCAUCUCCAUGAAAUCCCUAAGAAAUCUUGUAGGGUGGCUAUUCACUAAUGUCGACUGUCAACGCUAUUUGUGAUAUAGGACUUGGAUCUCAAGUCACUUGGCGACCGAUUUUGAAAAUAGACUUAUGAAAACAGUUUUAUUUUUUUUCCUUUGAGCUCAAUUUUCCCACCUCUUCAGGUGCUAGUCCUGCAGAAAAAAAUUCUGUAGCUAUUACAAAUAUAGGAUUCUCUAACUCAUUUUUUGAGUUACCGACAAAAAUCGGUCUAAAAAAGAAAUAAAAGUAGACAACAUUGGUAUCUAUCGGUAGGCUUUAGUGACUACAUUAAUUUCAUUGAUAACUUACCGACAAAUUUCGUUAAUUUGAAUUUUACCGAUUUUCAAUCGGUAACUCGAAUAAUGAUUUAGAGAAUCGCACUACAGACACCCAAUUGCAUCAGAAGACAUGUCUCAAGCAUUUGCUUCAAAUACCAUGAUAGGAAUCAUCCUAGCUAUUAAAGGGUUAAUAGAACACUUGUAUGGGCCACCCUGGCUACGUCGAUGCACCCAAUACGCUACCCUCAGUUAAAGAUCCCCCCUAGAUUAAACAAUAUUUAGUAUAGCCUUUACUUUCAAAAUUCCAAUACUUUGGAUAUUUUGUAAAAACUAAAAUUCUUAAAACAAAUCUCAAUAAAUUUACUUUCAAUGGAACACACACACACGAUCCAAAAACACUUAUACAUUACAUUACACACAUAUAUAUAUAUACAAAAUACCCCUUAUAUACAAAAAAACUACAGGCAAAUAUAUUUUUUAUUUGUGUUGUAAUGUAUUUAUAAAAAUUCAAAAAAAAACAACUAAAAACAAAUAUUUUAAGCUUAUUGAAUGAAAAUAAAUGCUGUGCUUUUAAAUGUGUGUCUCACUGUCUAACUGUCUGCCUGUCAAUGUCUCUCGGCCUGAGCUAAGUGUAUUUUCAAAUUAUUGAUUGCAAUUUUUUUUGUCUGUGUACGAAUGAAUGAAUGGAUGUGUGUUUUUUUUAUCAGCAGCUAUCCAAGCAUUUAUGAUAAAGAGGAGACAAAGCAGAAUUCUUUGAGACAAACGACAACAA